CCUAGCCAAGCGGUAGCAGCAGCGCCAGUACACUACCUCACUCUCCUUCUAUAUAUGUCCCUCCUUCUGCACCCCCUGCCUUAGCCUUUGAAGCAACCACUUCACAAGACGGGAGAGAGACCAAGGGGCCGGCCGGAGACGCGCAAAGCCAUAGCUUGGUUCCUGUUUGCAUCGAUCGUUGCGGUUGCGGAGAUGGGUCGCGGGAAGAUCGAGAUCAAGCGGAUCGAGAACGCCACGAACCGGCAGGUGACCUUCUCCAAGCGCCGGGGCGGGCUGCUCAAGAAGGCCAACGAGCUCGCCGUGCUCUGCGACGCGCGCGUCGGCGUCGUCAUCUUCUCCAGCACCGGCAGGAUGUUCGAGUACUCCAGCCCCGCCUCCAGCUUGAGGGAUCUCAUUGAGCAGUACCAGAACGCCACCAACAGUCAGUUCGAGGAGAUUAACCACGAUCAGCAAAUAUUUGUGGAGAUGACACGGAUGAGGAACGAGAUGGAGAAGCUGGAUGGCGCCAUCCGGAGGUACACGGGCGACGACCUCUCCUCCCUCUCCCUCGCCGACGUCAACGACAUCGAGCAGCAGCUCGAGUUCUCCGUCGCCAAAGUCCGUGCAAGAAAGCAUCAGCUCCUGAACCAGCAGCUCGACAACUUACGUCGCAAGGAGCAUAUCUUGGAAGAUCAGAACAGUUUUCUGUGCCGCAUGAUCAGCGAGAACCAGCAUGGUGGUGACGGGAAGAUGGCGGUGAUGCCGCCGGUGCUGUCGAUGCUGACGCCGGCCUUCCCGGCGACGCCGUACUACACGGGCGAGGAGUCGUCGAGCACCGCGCUGCAGUUGACGUCCCCGCAGCUUCAGCUCCACGCCGCCGAAGCCGCCGGGUUCCGGCUGCAGCCGACGCAGCCCAACCUGCAGGACCCGGCGUGCAGCAGCCUCCACGCCGGCCACGGCCUCCACCUCUGAGAUUUGAUAAUCACGCGGCGCCGGUGAUGGAUUGGUUGAUUCAUGAGCUCUCUGGAUUCAUGGAUUAUUUUAGGAAGAAGAUCACGGUGGAUGGAAGAUUGACCCUUAUGAUGCAUGCAUGAGGACGACUAUUUAAUUUGGGAGCUAUAUGUAUGUAAGAUAAGAUUCCAAUUGUGUGUCGUGUGUCUUAGGCUGUUCUUUCAUCAUGUUGCGUACUUAUAAGCUAGCUAUAUACAAUUGCCUGGUCAAAUGUUGGUACGUACGUAGAAAUUAAAUAGUUGUGCACGCAUGGGGAUCGAGGACGAUGCAUACAUGUAAUAAUAAUAAGUUCAGAGUGAAUUCCACUUUUUAUA